AUGUCCAAGCAAACGUUAGCCCGAGAACUUUUUGGGAGCGACUCCGAGGAGUCUUCGGAAGAGGAGAGAAUGGCGGGAGGAAGAACGCCGAACACCGCCGAAGCCGGGAACCCGGAUACAGCGACCAGGCCCGGAAGGCGGCCAUAUUCUUGGCCGCCGCCGUCGCCACGCGCACGAGGCCCUCCGGCCACCGCGCCACCCCGUCGAAGGCCCGCCCGACAACCUCCGUCAUCGACGGCAACCGAGACUGCACCACCAACAUCCGCGGUCAUUCCGGCCUGCGCAUCGGUGUCAAGGACGAUGGCCGACCCGACGAUGCCUCCGCCGGGUACACCUGCUGGACGGCGAGUCCGCCGAAGUGCCGCACUUCGCCGCGCACAAAGCGCGGAAAUAUCAUGUGCGCACGGCGACAGGACGCUGGUUGGUCCGCUUCGACCACCGGGGCCACCAGCGCUCCUGCAAACGGUUACCGGACCGCAAUCCCCUGUAAAACGGAGAGGUAGUGUAACGGCGAGGCCGUUAUUAAACGAACACGCGCUGCGCCAAUUUGGCGCCAAGCGUCGCCGAUUGAGCACUUCGAUCAAGCCGCGGAUUAAGAGCCGCGAAUUGGGAAUCGCGCCUACCCCACCGCAACACGCAUGA